AUCAGAGAACAAUAUUAAAAAUGAAAAUAAGUGUGGGGCGAAUAAUAAGUUUUGUAAGUGUACUCUUUUGGUGUGUAUCGGCUCAAAAUUCCGAAGAAGAUUAUCUUAAGGUUCACAACGCGGCGCGCAAAGGAGUUGGGGUUAAACCACUGAAAUGGGACAAGGAGCUAGAAUCAUAUGCUCGUGCGCACUUGAAUAAGCAUGUUGAAGAUUGCAAGCUGGAGUCAUCGGACGGUCCUUACGGUGAGAACUUAGUGCGUGGAACUGGUUUUUGGAAAAACCUUACUGGAAAAGAAGCUGUUGAAUUGUGGGUGUCAGAGAAACAAUACUACGAUGAGAAAUCCAACUCGUGCUUAGGUGGUGAUGAUGGUGACGACGAUAAAUGUUUUGGUUAUACUCAGGUUGUUUGGAAUACCACUACACAUGUGGGGUGUGCUAGAGUUAGGUGCUACAAUGGAUCAAUCAUGGUUAGUUGUAACUAUAACCCUCCAGGAAACUAUAGAGAUAAACGACCCUACUAAUUAAGUAAUACUUUAAUAAUUACCAACAUCCUCUGUUGUAAUUUGCUAUACCACUUAUAUCAUAAAUAUAUAUUCUUAGUUUUAGUGUCUAUAGUAAGCAUUCGGAUCUAUGAUGUCUU